AACAGUGACUCUGAAGAAGAACGAGAUGGUGAGUCAGGGGGAGAUCUUGACGAAGAAUUCUGGUUAAAUCAGAAAAAGCUCAAAAGUCGGGAAAAGACCGAAGAAAUCAAGCAGUCGAAAACAGCAGACAACACCAAAACAAUGUCACGAGAAAGCGACAGAGCAAAGCAUGGGUCACGAGAAAGCGACAGACGAAGGCGUCGGUCGCGAGAAAGCGAAAAAGGAAAGCAGGGGUCACGAGAAAGCGACAGGAGAAGGCGUCCGUCACGAGAAAGCGAAAAAGGAAAGCAGGGGUCACGAGAAAGCGACAGGAGAAGGCGUCCGUCACGAGAAAGCGAAAAAGGAAAGCAGGGGUCACGAGAAAGCGACAGGAGAAGG